UUUUUCACAUCUAGAGAAACAGAAUUUUCACUUCUCAAUCGUUAUACAGCAAAAUCCGGGAGAAAUGGCAGCUCCCAUGGAUUCAGUUAGAGAAAAGGCCCUCCAAGAUUACAGGAAAAAACUCCUGGAGCACAAGGAGGUGGAGGCUCGCUUAAAGGAAAUGCGAGAACACCUCAAGGACCUCACAAAACAGUACGACAAGUCUGAGAAUGAUCUCAAGGCACUGCAGAGUGUUGGACAGAUUGUGGGAGAGGUUUUGAAGCAACUUACUGAAGAAAAAUUUAUUGUGAAAGCAACGAAUGGCCCUCGAUACGUAGUAGGCUGUAGACGUCAGCUGGACAAGAAUAAACUCAAAUCUGGAACCAGGGUAGCCCUCGACAUGACUACCCUAACGAUCAUGCGCUAUUUACCUCGCGAGGUUGAUCCUUUAGUCUACAACAUGUCCCACGAAGACCCAGGAGACGUGACGUACUCAGCAAUUGGUGGUCUCAGUGAACAGAUUCGGGAGCUUCGUGAAGUAAUCGAGCUGCCCUUGCUCAAUCCCGAAUUGUUUGAACGUGUUGGGAUAACUCCACCCAAAGGAUGCCUGUUGUACGGCCCCCCAGGUACUGGAAAGACCCUCCUAGCGCGUGCUGUUGCCAGCCAACUUGAUGCCAACUUUCUCAAAGUUGUAUCCAGUGCUAUUGUGGAUAAGUACAUUGGAGAGUCUGCCAGACUGAUUCGUGAGAUGUUCAAUUAUGCUCGUGAUCAUCAGCCAUGCAUUAUCUUCAUGGAUGAAAUCGACGCUAUUGGUGGACGCAGAUUCUCAGAAGGUACGAGUGCAGAUCGUGAAAUCCAACGAACCCUGAUGGAGCUGUUGAAUCAGAUGGAUGGAUUCGACUCGCUGGGACAAGUCAAGAUGAUCAUGGCUACGAACAGACCAGACACACUAGAUCCAGCCCUUCUACGACCAGGUAGAUUGGAUAGGAAAAUCGAAAUUCCUCUGCCUAAUGAACAGGCGAGACUUGAAAUUCUGAAGAUUCAUGCUGCACCCAUUGCUAAACAUGGAGAGAUUGAUUACGAAGCAGUUGUCAAAUUAUCCGACGGUUUCAACGGCGCCGAUCUCCGUAACGUCUGCACUGAGGCGGGUCUCUUCGCAAUUCGUCUUGAGCGUGAGUAUGUUAUCCAGGAAGACUUCAUGAAAGCAGUGAGAAAAGUAUCCGACAACAAAAAACUCGAGUCUAAACUAGACUACAAGCCAGUUUAAUAUCAUUAAUCAUUUGAAAUAUUUUUUGUCGCUUAUUACCAUUUGAAUAUCUAAUAAGGCAGAUAAAAGAAGACCUCAGACAAUUGCGAUUUGUAUUUAAUUGAAGUUUCGUAAAAAAAAUAUACAAAUAAAUGAAUAUACAGAUAUUUCCUAAA